AUGAAAUCAAAUGAUCUUCCUGAUCUCGGCAAUGGCCCAUCAAGCAAAGUGAUAUGGUCAGUAACAGGCCUCGGUAUCAUGAUUUUAGCAGGAUACCAUGGAUUUCUCCCUGUGCCCAAUCUCAGAUCUAGUCCGCAUCAACCUGGUCACCUGCGGUGCGGUCAUUCUCAGAACCACACCUCGCCGUAUGGAAGAUUCCCACUAGAACAUGAUCCUUUCCAGUUCUUGCCUUGCACAAAUGCAAGUCUGUUGCCGUCAAUCGACGAUCCAGCUCCACGGCAAUCGUGGGCCGCUCUAUUUGAUCCGGAUCCCAGCCAUUGGAGUUGGGGCAGCAAUGGUCGUGGUAUCUACAUGUGUGGAUAUCUCGAUCUUCCGCUGGACUAUCUCAAUGAGUCGGAUACCCGUGUUGCUCGAAUUGCGGUGACAAAGUACCAGGUUGCUGGGCUACCGCUUGAUAACCAACUCACUGCCAGUGCCGGCGGAUCUGCUCCAUCAACCGGAGAUGCGUCAUCCAGCUUUAAGAGUGCACGCACGCUGAUUAUCGAGCCUGGCGGUCCAGGGGGAAGCGGAACCGCUUUCCUGUGGGAAACAGCCGAAGAGAUGACUGAACGCUUCAGCGAUGGUCAGUACGACGUCUUAGGCUGGGAUCCUCGUGGUGUCAACUCUUCUCUUCCCGCGGCGGCGUGCUACCCUCAGAAUUCGCACCGGGAUCGCUGGUCCCGGCUCACCAUGCAAUAUCGCGAAGAGGCACCCCCGGGACAACUGGAGAUGAUGGAUGCCAUGCAUAAUGCUACUUUCUUCGCCUGCCAACAACGACUGGGCGACCUUGGCCGUUUCAUCAGCACGGCAUCCGUCGCUCGAGAUCUGGAUGAGAUUCGAAAGGCUCUAAACGAACCCGAGGUGACUGGGUAUCUGGUCAGUUAUGGAACGGGGAUCGGCCAAACGUACGUGAACAUGUUUCCAGCACGUACAGGCCGCAUCAUCCUUGACGGUACCGAAUACGUCAGGGAUCAUCGUCUUCUCGGCGGAUUUGGCUGGACUUCGCUUGAUAAUGCGACAGACGCAUGGCACGACGGCUUUCUGGGCGAAUGUAUCCGUGCCGGUCCCGACGCAUGUGCACUGGCAAAAGCUCCCCGGAGUCAAAAUGGCCCCGUCACAUUAAACGACCUCGAGAACCGCAUGAUGCAGCUGCUGGAAUCCCUCAAGACCCGCCCCCAGUCCGCAUACACCGAAUCCAGCGGCCCAUCCCUCAUCACAUACUCCUCCCUCAUCGAACACAUCAUCUACCCAGCCAUGUACCGACCCGCCAAUUGGGCCCUCGUCGCCCAAUUACUCCACGACCUCGAACACAACAACGCCACGCUCGCCGCCCGAUGGCUCGACUCAACCUGGAGCCAACAAUCCGCUCCCCCCUCCACCUCAUCCCCAUCCACCACCGAACUCGACUACCUCGUCAUCUGCGCCGACUCUCACGACGCCCCCAUGCCGGACAACGGCCUGAAGUGGUGGGACUCCCUCUGGGCCAACAUGACCGCCCAAAGCUGGAUGGCCGGCAACUCGCGCUUCUUCGCCGUCCUACCCUGCCGCCACUACCAAACAUACUGGGGCCAGCCGGCGGAGGUGUACCGCGGCGAUUUGAACCACACGCUCAAGACGCCCGUUCUUCUGAUCGCCUCGCCGUGGGACCCGGCGACUCCGCUUCGGAACGGACGUAGACUGCUAAACGAGAUGGGUAAGAACGCGCGGUUGAUUGUGCAUCAUGGGUUCGGCCAUAGUUCGCGGCGGGAUCCGUCGGCUUGUACGGACCGCAUUGCCAAGGCGUAUGUUUUGGAGGGUGUUUUGCCCGAGGAGCAGGAGGUUGCGUGUGAUGCGAAUGUCAAGCCUUAUCGCCCGAGGGUUUGA